AUGACAUUUAGCUCCAUUUCCAAUUUGUGGAACAAAUGGAACAUCCGAGGCAUCGUCAUAUUGAGCCUCUCGCUUCAAGUCUUUCUUAUUCUAUGUGCACCUCUUAGAAAGAAAAUAGCGAAAUCCCACGUCGUUUUCCUCUUGUGGUUGACCUAUUUGAUGGCUAAUUGGGUAGCUACAUUCGGGAUCGGGCUCAUUUCUCAUAGCCAAGGCAAUUCGUGCACUCGUGCAACAGGAGUAGACGAAGCACUUCAUGCAUUUUUGGCCUUAUUUCUAUUGUUACAUCUUGGUGGUCCAGACACCAUUACUGCCUUUUCUCUAGAGGAUAGCUCGCUUUGGCGACGACACCUGCUCGAUCUCAUCUUCCAAGUCGGUGUUGCCAUCUAUGUUUUUUGGCAGAUAUUUCCUAGUGACAAGUCACUAGUGAUCCCAACGAUGAUGGUGUUUCUUGCUGGGCUCAUAAAAAAUGCGGAGAGGACACUGGCACUCAAUCUCUCGAGCCUUCCGAGGCUUAGGGAAUGGAUGAUCAUAUCUAACGAGGUAAGAACGGAUGCAUGUUCGAAGUUAGCUGAAGAACUCAAAGUUCUAGAGAAUGGAUAUUCUGAAGAAGAAGAAGCAAAGAUUGACGAGAGCAUUGUGGUGAAGCAUGCUUACUACUUCUUUCAAAUAUUCCAGGUUUGCCUUGCAGAUCUCAUCUUCUCAAAUGAAGAACGCCUCUUAAGCCGUGAAUAUUUCUGCAAAGUUUUUGCGAUGAAUGCUUUAAGGGUGAUAUCAGUUGAACUCCAAUUCAUGUAUGAGGUGCUCUGCACAAAAGUGUUGGCAAUACGCUCUAAGUGGAGCUACAUUUUCCGCUUCACAGCCUUCACCGAGGUUGCAAUGGCUCUCGUCCUGUUCAAUCGCUUCAAGAGUCAUCAGCUCCCUGAACUCGAUGUGGAAAUUACUUUUAUCCUUCUUUACGGAGGGAUUGCCCUUGAUGUGAUAGCUCUGUUCAUGGUCAUUUUCUCCGAUUGGACUGUUGUCGGAAUCAUGCACUACAAAACAAGAUCAUCUAAACUAAAUUCAUUUCUCCAUGAGUUGGUAUCCGCCACGGAUGACCUGAGGAAGCCCAUAUGUGAAGUAGAGCCUAAUGCCAAUGCUAUGUACGCAGUCUUAGACACACCAUUCAUAUUUCGAAGGUGGUCAGAAUCCAUCUAUGCUUGCAACCUUUUUUCCGAGUUCUGUAAAAGGAGUUCAAGAAAGAUGUAUAAACGCGAUCAGCACUCGGGCAUCAUCACUUUUUCAAAUAUCUGCAGUUUUUCAGUCCAUGUGGCUGAGAAGAUCAACUCUUGCUACCACCAAGCUCGUGGGAUAAUCACCGGAAGGAAAUUAUCAAUCAUUGUGACUCCGAGGUACGUGUCCAAGAAUCCCUUUAUUAAGAAGCUAUGGAUCUUUAUCUUCAAUGAGGUGAGACGUAAAUCCAGAGACGUGCAUAAUCCAACAGAGGCGAGGAAGAUGUUUGAGGCUAGAGGUGAUAUGUUUCUCCAGAGUAGACCGGAGGGGAUCCAUUGCGGCAAUCUUAUAGAGAAUGUCACCAAGACUACUUACCACAGCAGUAUUAUAAUGUGGCAUAUUGCUACUGAAAUCUGGUACAACAUAGAGAUACCCACAAAAAGAAAUGAUGAAAGGGAAUUCAGCAAGAUCCUUUCCGACUACAUGUUGUAUCUUUUACUUAAUCAGCCUGAUGUGGUGUCUGCUGUAGCGGGUUUUGCCCAAAUCACAGCAGCAAACAUUUUGUUCCUGUUAGAGAACAUCAGCGAUGCCAAGGAUGUGGAGGAGCUAUGCAAGACAUUGUACGAGGAUACUUUUAUUCAAAUCAUGCUUGCUAAAACCUUGCUUUGCCAGGGGAUCGAGUUGGCCCAAAAGAUGAGAAGCCUCGAGGAAAGGAAGUGGAUGGUGAUGAGCGGAGUUUGGGUUGAGAUGCUGUCUUAUGCAGCAGGUCAUAUUAAGGGAGAGGCACAUAUGCAGGUGCUGAGCGAAGGUGGAGAGCUUCUUGCCUUUGUAUGGCUGUUGAUCGCUCACUUCGGUUGUUUGUACAAACCUGAAUGGGGCGUCUAUGGGGAAUAUGUGUUCGGGACGGAAUAGGAAACACAAAAUGAUGAUGGAAAUCAAGAGGAAGCUGAUUGAUUAUGACCGAAUGAAGAUUUCAACCAUUACCGAAUUCUUUUGGUUGUUGCCAAAUUAAAGCCUAGCUCUACUCUCCUUUCCAUUCUAAGUAUCUUGUUUUUAUCAACAACUGGGUUCAUUGAUUGUUAUUCGACAACCAGUUGAAAAAUUAUUCUUCUCUUCCAUGAGAAGAAUAUGCUCCUUUUCUUUGUUUAAUAUUUGAUGCUAAAUUUCAAAGGGGAGAUGGGAAUGUACUUUGGCUUUUCUCCCACCUCCUUUGCUCUGUCGCUAUUUGUAGCUUUGAGCCACCGUGAAUGCCUUGUCCACUCAUUCUA